CGCGUCGGAGUUGGACGUAUCUACCGUCCUACAUUUUGGCGGUAAUAUAAUUUAAAUUUUCGAACGCGUUCUAAUUGAAAACAUUUAAAAACGAAACUAAUAAUUAUGGAAUAAAUAAAGAAAAAUGAGUGUAUAAAUCUAUUUGUAUUUUAGACAAUUUUUAAAUAAAACAUUCUAAAUUAUAAAUGUAACUGGCCGGUUUAAGAAAUUAAAAUGUUUGUUUACUUUUUAAUUUUAAUUGCAUCGACUUCAGCGUAUGUUUUAGAGGAAGAGUGCCUUAACUACACAGUGUAUCCAGUGCAAUACGAAUUGACACUUGUCCCUCAUAUAUAUAAAGAUGGGAAUUCUUAUUACGAUUGUGAUAUAGUGAUUACAAUAAUAGCGAAUGCCCCAAAUGUGAAUAUUAUAGAAUUGGACGCUAGAGAUUUGGAAAUAAAAGGUGAUUCUAUAGAAGUUUUAGAUAAGAAUAUCAAUUUAAUUAACCAAUAUCGGCCUUACGAAUUCGAUAAUAGGAGAGGCAAAUUGUUUAUAUAUUUACGAGAACCACUUAAACAGUAUAGUUUGGCUCGGACUCAAUAUUUCGUGAAAAUAUCGUUUACAAAACAAGUAGGUUUCGAUAAGCAAGGAAUUUUCGUGGUUGAAUAUGAAGGAGAAGAUGGGAAGCCAAAAUAUCUCUACACGACUCGGCUUUCACCUAACAAAGCAAAAUACUUCUUCCCAUGUUUCGAUAAUCCACAAUACGAAGCGGUCUUCAAAUUCAAGGUGUACGUCGCGACUCCGCAUCCAGGUCUGCAGCACUGUAACACCAGUUUGGUCAUUGCCAAGGAAUUCAAGCAACAGAAUUCGAAAGACAGCUACACAAUCAUUGAGUACAUACCAUCACCGCAAGCAGGCCUCCAUCAAGUUGGAUUUCAUCAUUCGAACUUUGGGAACCGAGAAAUAAAAGUUAAAAACGACACACUGGUAAUUUGGGCACCAGUGUCUAAUCUCAAGCAUUAUAACUUUAUAUUGCAUUUUGGAGAAAUGCUUAUCAAUUUGAUUCAUGAAUAUGCUUUGAUCGACCGGCCUCUUGUAAACGGGCCAAUAAAUAUAGUUGCAGUACCAACGAUACUUAAUGGAUAUGAAAUCUCAAGCUGGAAUCUACUUACUAUAGGUGACAAUAAAUUGGCUAAUAUUUACGAGUACACGAGCAUAAAGCAAAUAGAGCGUAUGAUGUUCGAGCUUGCUCAGCAGCUGAGUCGGAUUUGGCUCGGCAAUCCCGGGGAAUUGCAACGCACUAGAUGGAGAGAAGAAUGGUUUAAGGAGGGCGUCGCUACUUAUAUGGCGUAUUAUUUAUUAUCUCAGUACAACCACGGCGACCUAUCAAUAGGACGAAGACGAACAAUCGAAAAUUAUGGCUUGCAAAUGAAACACAAAGCAAUGGCGGUUGAUUGGCAUCACACAACGCCAGCUUUAGCAACUAUCAACCGAACAAUGGCAAUAGACAUACCAUCGAGGUACAAAGAGCUAGUGACUAUGAAGACGGCUUCGUUGCUGUGGAUGGUAGAAAAUUGGUUAGGUUCGGAAAAAUAUCAUCAGGCUUUAGUUAAAUAUAUAAAUAGCAGGAGAGGGCAGUAUAUAUCCUUAACAGAUUUCAUGGUAAAUCUCGACCGAGACACAUUAGAAUGCCUGCACCAGUUCUUUAACGGGUCUACAGCUUCAAGAGUUCUCAAUUCCUGGUUCCAUCAGGCUGGUUAUCCUGUUGUCAAUGUACAAGUAUUGAGAGAUCGAACGCCGAAUGCUAUACAAUUAAAGCAGAGAAAAUUCAGCUUCACCGAAGAACACAGAUUCGACUCAAACUAUUUAAUCCCUAUCUCAUACAUCGUUCAGAACAACCAAAACUGUUACAACUGCUUCCAACCGAGGUUCACUAUCGGUAUGCAGACUUACACGUUUGGAGAAAACCUCAAUGGCGGUUGGAUAAUUCUGAAUAGAAACGCUUCAGGAUAUUAUCGAGUAAAUUACGACGAUGAGACGUGGAGAUUGAUUGCGAAAACUCUCAGAGAAAAUCACGCAGCCAUUGAUGAAUUAAAUAGAGCACAGAUUGUAAAUGAUAUUUUCGCACUCUGCGUCGCUGGAGAUAUACGUGAAGAUAUCGCCAUUGAGGUUUUAGAUUACCUUAAUAAAGAACUAAGUCUAGCAGUUUGGGAAUCUGCUAUUUAUGGUUUCGAAUUAUUCAAGAUAGAGGGCGUUAAAAUGACUAAGACUUCCUAUGAAGAAUGGCAGAAAUUUAUGCAAAAGAAAAUAUCUACUAUAUAUAGAAGAUUAAUGGCAAAUAUCGAGCAACGUCCAAACACGAGAUUGUUUAGAAGCAGUAUAGUUGAAUUUGCUUGCGAAAUUAAAUAUAGGCCUUGUCUGAAUGAAAUGAGGAGAUAUUAUGCAGAUCAUAUAGACGCUAAGAUGAGAUUUAAUCCAGAUUUUCGUGAAGCCUGCUAUUACACAGUCGUACAAGAUGGUAGAGAUAACAUAGGAACAAAAUUAAACAGAUUUGAAUUAGAAGACAAAAUAAUCGCUGAACACAAAGUGCGUGAAGAAAACAGAUUUCUCUACAGAAUCCCAAUAGGUAGUCCAAGACCUUUACCGAUCAUGAUGUCGACAACGACCACGACAUCCACCGAGAUUCCAUUAUCUUCAACACCAGAACCAACUAAUAUAGGAACUGCUUCGUUUAUGACCUCUUUGUUAUUAGCCACAGGAAUAUUUAUAAAUUUAACCUUGAGAUAAAUAGUGUUAAUUUAGCUUUGUUUAUUUAUUUUUUUGAUGAUCCCAGUUAUUUUAUUCAACUAAUAUAAAGUAGGGGGAUAAGGUAUUUGUCCUUUUUUAUACAUGUUAUCGUUCGGUUCCUAUUUUUAUUGCUGGAUUUAAAGAAAGAUCCAGCGGUAGAUUUCAUUUGAUGUGAUGACGAUUUAUCUUUUAAAAUCCCCUCUGGAUUAGCUCAGAAUGAUAAUAAUUUUUUUCUUCUUCUUUCUUCUAUUUACGUAAACCGGACGUGUAGGAUUCCUAGCUAUUCAACCAAUAACAAUCAAGUGCUGCCCUAUGUAUAUAUUUAUAUAUCUUUAUUAUUGUUGCGUUCAAGGGUUUCAAAUUCAAAUUAUUUAUUUGCAGAGUUGUAGGUUCAUUUUUGAUGUUACAAUGGUUAAAAUCCCGCCAGAACAAGCAUAAAAUGGUAUGCAAAUGUCUAUGGUAUAAUAAAUUACGUACGAUGUGCGUUCUCUUUCAACAUUUCAACAUUUUUCAUGCAAUAAUUUUUAUGAACUUUUUAACAUUCCUCUUAAUAAGAAAUAUUUUAACGUUCUUGCAAAUAUUCGAAAAAAUAGGCAUGUAAUGAAAUAUAUAAAUUUUAUACUCAAAUAUUGAAGUUUUGUCUAUGUAUACAAUACAAACUAAAAUAAUUCGAACUGUAAUUUUUUUCCGAUGUUUUUUUUAAUAAAUUUAUUGAACUAAUUCAAAAUAUUGUUUCAUAGACUAUAUAGAUUGUAUUUUCUAGUCAAAUAGUAAUAAUUUGUAUUAAUUUUCAUUGCUAUAAUAAAAC